AUGCCAAAGCUCGAGGCAAGGUUAAAACAAAUGGUGCUACUUACCGGGCCAGGAGACUGGGUCGCAAAUUCGGUCGUAUGUCACUACACUUGGAAUGCAACCACGGCCAACGAUCUGUGGAAGAUGGAGGCCGACUUGAAAAGACAGGGCAAUCUCCCUGCAAUUGAAUCCUUCUUUGCUGAGCGAUUCAGUGGCCUUUCUUUAUAUGCAUUUGAGUCAAAUGCUUCAAUUGCUACGGUCGACUUGGAUGCUUCGGAUGGUAUAGUCGAGAUGUUGUGGAACUCCCAAGUGCAUCAUCCCACAACGGCCUCCAAAACUUAUAAUGCAGAUGGAGAACGAGUCGAACCAGAGUCAGCUGAAAUCACCCGCUUUGGAUGCUCUUGUCAAAUUGCCCAAUCUUUGGUGCAUCGUCUUGAAAAGGUGAAGAUUGACCAACAGGGUAUGAGUGAAAGAGAAGCGGAGGCAUAUCAAGCAAGGGUCUUGACCGGUUAUGCGGAACAAGCUCAUCUGAAGAUGAAGCAUUUAGCUAUCAAGUUAGGAAUCUGGCGAAAUGAUUUUUAG